AUGUCCCGAUUCCUCCGUCCCGUAGCUCGCCUGGCGGCCUCGUCCAGAGCUACUGCUCUCCGUUCCUCUGCCUGCCAGUUCUCACCCAUUCCUCAGUUUGCCAGCCGUCCGGCUGCCUUCGCCCUCCAAUCAAGGACGUACGCCGACGCCAAGGGCACUAAGGAUUACACCGUCCGCGAGGCCCUCAACGAGGCCCUCGCCGAGGAACUCGAGUCCAACGACAAGGUCUUCGUUCUCGGUGAGGAAGUUGCUCAGUACAAUGGAGCGUACAAAGUCACAAAGGGUCUCUGGGACCGAUUCGGCGACAAGCGUGUCAUUGACACGCCCAUCACUGAGAGUGGUUUUUGUGGUCUAGCCGUUGGCGCCGCUCUGAGUGGACUACACCCUGUGUGCGAGUUCAUGACCUUCAACUUCGCCAUGCAAGCUAUUGAUCAGAUUGUUAACUCUGCCGCCAAAACUCUAUACAUGUCUGGUGGCAUUCAGCCCUGCAACAUCACCUUCCGUGGCCCCAACGGGUUUGCUGCCGGUGUCGCCGCCCAGCACUCUCAGGACUACUCGGCGUGGUACGGUAGCAUUCCUGGCCUGAAGGUAGUUGCUCCUUGGAGUGCUGAGGAUGCCAAGGGACUUCUGAAAGCUGCCAUCCGCGAUCCUAACCCGGUCGUUGUUCUUGAGAAUGAGCUUCUGUACGGCCAGUCCUUCCCUAUGUCCGAAGCUGCUCAGAAGGACGACUUCGUUCUUCCUUUCGGCAAGGCCAAGAUUGAGCGCGCUGGCAAGGACCUGACCAUCGUCACGCUAUCCCGCUGUGUCGGCCAAACCUUGGUUGCUGCUGAGAAUCUGAAGAAGAAGUACGGUGUCGACGUCGAAGUUAUCAACCUGCGCUCCAUCAAGCCUCUGGAUGUUGAGUCCAUUGUCAAGUCUGUCAAGAAGACUCACCGCCUUCUAUCUGUUGAGUCUGGCUUCCCGGCCUACGGUGUUGGCUCCGAGAUCCUGGCAUUGACCAUGGAGUACGCCUUCGACUACCUUGACGCCCCCGCCCAGAGAGUCACUGGUGCUGAUGUACCUACUCCCUACGCCCAGGGGCUUGAGGAAAUGAGCUUCCCUACUGAGCAGAUCAUUGAGAACUACGUUGCCAAGAUGUUGCGUCUUUAA